UUGGCUGAUGUGGACAAUUUAACGGGUGAAAUAAUCUCCCGCUAAGUAACUAGCGACUGUCGAGCAAGCCGGUGUCAAAGAAAUACAUUUUUUUUUAACAAUGGAGCGAUGAAAAUAUGUAGCGUUUGAACUAAACAAUUUUAAAAAUUUGUAAGAUCUGGAAUAAAAAUAAAUAAGCGAUCAACAAUGAUGUCAGAAUGCGAACCAAACGAGACCGAUCCGGUGGUGGCGGAUGACAUAGCCCCGGUAGCGUCCGCCGCUGCUUCUACCACGGAUCUCAACUUUCGGGCACAGGAGCCACUGUCGACGUUGUUCGCUAGGAACACAGUCGGGUCUGGGACAAACCCGGGGGUCGCGAUUCGGAUCUCGGGUUCGUGUGAAAGUGUUCUUACCGAAUUGGAGACGGACGGUUCUGGGGAAGAGACUCUGUUGUUACCGUGUUUAUCCGGAGGCACGUCGUCACCUCGGGGCGAGAGGCAGAAGAGGACGAGGCGGAACCGACGGAGUUCAUCGUCGGAUAAAGAUAACCUUACCUCGCCAGGUAACAGUAGUGGAGACUUUAACCAUUUCCCCGGUGACCCAGAGUUUGGUGACAUCGUUCAGAGGGCGGAGCAGGCCAUCGAGGGCGGAGUCUUCCCAGAGAGAAUCUCUCAGGGUUCUAGCGGGAGUUACUUCGUUAAAGACUCCAAAGGGAAAAUCCUCGGUGUUUUCAAACCAAAGUCUGAAGAGCCUUACGGUCACCUCAACCCUAAAUGGACCAAAUACUUUCACAAGCUGUGCUGUCCGUGUUGUUUUGGCCGUGGCUGCCUGAUCCCCAACCAGGGCUAUCUCUCAGAGGUUGCUGCCUCCCUCGUUGAUACCAGGCUAGGACUGGGGGUGGUCCCCAAAACCAAGGCUGUGUAUCUAGUCAGUGAGACAUUUCACUACAACACUAUCGACAGGGCGAAGUCCAGAGGGAAGAAAUACGCCCUGGAGAUGGUUCCCAAAGUAGGACGACACUUCCACAGAGUGGGCCUGCCUCCCAAGCUUGGUUCGUUCCAGCUGUUCGUGGAAGGGUACCAUGAGGCUGACUAUUGGUUGAGACGUUUUGAGGCGGAGCCUCUCCCAGAGAACAUCAGGAAACAGCUCCAGUCUCAGUUUGAGAGGCUCGUCAUUCUGGACUACGUCAUCAGAAACACCGACCGAGGAAAUGACAACUGGUUGAUCAAGUAUGAGAAGCCAGGGGAAGGAGAGGGAGAGAAGGCCAUCCAGAUAGCAGCUAUAGACAACGGCCUGGCCUUCCCCUUCAAACACCCUGACGAGUGGAGAGCCUACCCGUUCCAGUGGGCGUGUCUGCCCCAGGCUAAAGUGCCCUUCUCCCAGGAGAGCAGAGAGCUGGUGCUGUCCCGUCUGUCAGACAUGAACUUCGUUCAGGACCUCUGUGAAGACCUCUACGAACUGUUUAUGGCAGAUAAAGGUUUUGACAAGACCAUGUUUGAAAAGCAGAUGUCAGUCAUGAGAGGACAGAUCUUAAACCUGAGCCAGGCGUUGAAGGACAAUAAAACUCCCAUUCAGUUGGUCCAGAUGCCCAGAGUCGUUGUGGAGAGACGGAGGACUGGAGGACAGGGGAGGGUGGUGACAUUAGGAACAGCUUUCACCCAGACCUUCCACUGCAAGAGGCCGUUCUUCUCUUCCUGGUAGAGGGAGGGAUGGCUGGGUGGAGAGAUGAGGGAGGGAAGAGAGGGAGCCUCCACUGCAACACAAUGACCUUCCCUCCUGGUAGAAAGUGAGAGAGAGAAAUGAAGAGACUCUCAGAGCAUCUUUCCUCCUGGUAGAGGGAGGGAGAAGGUCGGCGAGGGAGAGGGUGAGAGAGGGAAAUGAAGAGACUCAGAGCAUCUUUCCUCCUGGUAGAGCAAGGGUGAGGGAUGGUGAGGGAGGGAGAAAUGGUGAG